AUGGGCAGGGUGAGCAUCGUCUGGCCCUGCCUCCUGAUUCCCCUCACCUCCUGCCCCUCCUGUGGUGUCCAGGCUUCUAGCUCUCUCCUCCCUCUGCCCCUCAGAGUCCACGCGAAGGUCAGUGGCUUCCGACCUCGAGGCCCCAGGUAUGCCGAGGGGACUUUCAUCAGCGACUACAGUAUCGCCAUGGACAAGAUCCGCCAGCAAGACUUUGUGAACUGGCUGCUGGCGCAGAAGGGGAAGAAGAACGACUGGAAACACAACAUCACCCAGAGGGAGGCUGGGGCCCUGGAGCUGGCCCAUCAAUCUGACAGGAAGGAGGAGGAGAGGGAGCAGCAGGGCUCCCUCCCCAGGAACCCCAGUGAUGAAGAUUUGCUCAGGGAUUUACUGAUGCGAGAGCUGCUGGCCUGGAUGGUGGAUCAGAUGGAAGUCUGCAGGCGCAGAUUUCAGUGACUCAGACCAAACCCAGAUCGGGCCUGGACUCUGCCCUUCGCUCACUCAGGACUCAGCCCCACUCCAGGGUACCCAAGAGAAGCCAAACCAAUAAAGUUUAAGCUGAAAUAAA